GCAUCAGCGCACCGCGCAAAGGCAAAUUCUCGACUGUCAAGUUUUAGCUCGGGUGAGCGUUACCCGCAAAGAGAGAGAGACACGUACGGUAACGUUUGCAACGUUCGAACGUUUAUAAAGCUUUCUGUUCGAUUCGCAACGAACGAAGAAUUCAUCAAAAGCACGUAGGUGUUACUUUCUCACGUACGAUCGUAACCUGAAUUCUCAAACGAAAAUGUACCUUUCGAACGCGUAACCUGGAACACAUUUCGCGUACGGUUUCGUUCACACGUGGUGAAACUUUGUUGCUUUUUCCCGUUAAGUAAUUUUUUUUUUUCGCCCGUUAAAUUAGAAAAUUCUAUCCGGAUAAAUUCGGUUAGGAUAGACUCGUAAAUUGUUCGUGGGUGUGUCUACGAAACGAAGGAGAGUAAAGAAGAAAAAAAAAAAAAAAAAAAAAGAGGAACACGUUCGUGUUGCUCCUAGUAAAAAACGACAAGCCGGAAGACGCGCUUGCUGAACGACACGACGAUGGCUUCAGGAAUUGCGACCAACGUGCUGCUGCUGCUGCCUUAUCGUUAGUGAUGUGACACUAUUGCAAGGGUCGUAUACGAACUGAACAAUGGUGUCUGCUUGAGUGUUACUGCUGUGGUUUACAUUUCCCUAUAUGUACAUCAAUUUCCCUUCGUAUUUCACGAAAAUGUCUAAAUACAAUAUUCAAGAAUACGAUCUGGAAACGGGUAAAGAGGUACGGUUAACCGGCUACAAUAAUGCCAGUUUCGAGGAUCCUCUCCAAAGCAAUAACAACGAUCUCGAAGAAACUCCGGACUUUGAGAACAGACUACAUAUUUGCAAUAAAUACAACAAACCCGUGAGCAAUGACGCUACACAAAACCCCGAAAAGAAUCUAUUAUGCUCCUUAGGAAGGAAAUGGUUAUACCAACGAAUCAAAAGGACCUGCAAGAAAAAGUUACUCUAUAAAAGGAUACCCAUCACAGCAUGGAUACAGAAAUAUGACAAAGACUAUAUAGCCAGUGAUCUUGUUGCUGGUAUUACCGUAGGGCUGACUAUUAUACCACAAGCAAUAGCUUAUGCGAAUGUUGCAGGACUUCCUCUGCAGUAUGGCUUGUAUUCUUCCUUCAUGGCCUGUUUUGUAUACACCAUCCUAGGAUCCUGCAAAGAUGUGCCAGUUGGUCCAACAGCUAUUAUCGCGAUAUUAACUAGGGAAACAUUACAAAAAUCUGAUUUGGGACCUGAUUUUGCAGUACUUUUAACGUUCAUCUCUGGCUGUGUUUGUUUACUGAUGGGCAUCUUACAAUUAGGUUUUUUAUUGGAUUUCAUAUCAGGACCGGUUUCAGUCGGUUUUACAUCAGCCGCAGCAAUUAUCAUUGCCACUAGCCAAGUGAAGGAUAUCCUAGGCAUUCAUAUUGGCGGUAGUAAAUUCGUCGAAGUAUGGCAGAACAUAUUUGAAAAAAUUGGCGAGACGAAACCUUGGGACACUGCGUUAGGUGUCACAUGUAUAAUCGUUCUUCUUCUUCUUAGAAAAGUCAAAGAUCUAGCUGUAAUGCAACAGGCAGCAAAAGUGCCAUCAAAAGCACGAGCGUUCAUGCAAAAAUCCCUCUGGUUGCUUUCUACAGCGCGAAACAUUCUCGUAGUCCUCGUUUGCGCCGUUAUGUGUUGGCUUUUAGAAAGUCACUUGGGUUUCUCGCCAGUUAGUUUGACGGGUCAUGUCAAACAAGGACUUCCGGAAUUUCGCCCGCCACCGUUUCAAACGUAUCAUAACAAUGAAACUUACAAUUUCAUUGACAUGGUCUCUGCUUUGGGUUCUGGUUGCCUGGUCAUUCCUUUGCUGAGCCUUCUGGAAACCAUCUCCAUCUCCAAAGUUUUUAAUGAAGGUAAACCAAUUGACGCGACCCAAGAAAUGUUGGCUUUAGGCGCAUGCAACGUUGUGUCAGCCUUCGUUUCUUCCAUGCCCGUCAGCGGAGGACUUAGCCGUGGAGCUGUGAACCAUUCCUCUGGAGUGAAAACAACCCUGGGUGGUGUUUAUACUGGUCUCUUGGUGCUCGUGUCACUUCAAUUCCUUACCCCGUAUCUAUACUUUAUUCCUAAUGCCGCUCUCGCGGCAAUCAUCAUCGCUGCAGUCAUUUUCAUGGUAGAAUUACACGUGAUCAAGCCCAUAUGGAGAACAAAAAAGAUUGAUCUGAUACCAGCAAUAGCAACAUUUUUAUGCUGUCUGUUUAUAAGACUUGAGUUAGGUAUAGUGAUUGGUAUCGGUAUAAAUGUAAUAUUCCUACUUUAUGCUUCUGCAAGACCGUCCUUACGAGUUCAUAAAGAUACGAGUAUCAACGGCUGCGAAUAUCUUGUCAUAACACCUGAUAGAAGUCUCGUUUUUCCAAGUGUUGAAUACGUACGGGCUGUAAUUAGUAAGCAUGGUACGAAGGAAGGAACCGGCGUGCCUGUUGUUAUAGAUUCUACACAUAUUCAAGCAGCAGAUUUUACGGCCGCGAAGGGUAUCAAGAAUUUAACAGAGGACUUUUCUAAACGUGGACAACCUCUGAUCUUUCAUAAUUUAAAACCAAGCAUUAUUGAAAUUUUUAAAGCUGUAAAACCUUCCGGUUUAAGGUGCAGUUCUAGUGAACUUGAACUCAACGAUUGCCUCAAAGAAUUUUCAAAUGUUUCGGCAGCUACCAUGAAUAGGUACUGACCAGUACUUAGAUCUUUUUUCAUUCCCGUCCCGGAACUCCUUUAAUUUAUCAUGUAUCAGUAUUACGUUAAUAUAAAGACACCCGACAAUACAAACAAUAAAGAAAAGCAAUGUAUUUUAAUAGUAAUAAUUAACCUUUUUAACGUAACAAAAAAUUUUGUAAAUAAAUGCACAAUUUAAAUGAUGAUCGACUAGUUGUUAAAAAUAAUUAAGCUAUAUAUGUAGAAAAUUUUACUAUAAGAUUACGAUCAUGCGAAAGGAUUCAUUUAAUGUAAAUAUAAAAUAAGAUAUAAGAUGUAUAUACGAAUGAAUGUGUACACAAUAUUUUAUAUACGUGUGUAUCACGAUAAAUGCCUAUUUACUCAGUAUA